CGUAUAGCUUACGUAACAAUUAUAUACAGGUGACCUCAUCAACAAGACACCCAAAGGUGAACCAUUAUAUGGUGUUUACAGUUCGAAGUAGUGCAUACAUUCAGAAGUUUUUCUAUCAGAUUGUAUCUCGGGGAAACAUUGUUGUAUCGAGUCACAUCUCCUUGACAUCAAAGCAGAAAACAUUUUCGGUUGCCUUGUCACGUGAUAUGAUGCCAAGUGCCCGGAUGGUGGUAUCAUGUGCGAAGAAUGGCGAGAUCAUAGCUGAUUCUCUUUCCUUCUUUGUUGAUGGUUUAGGUCUUCACCAAGUAGAUCUGGUAACAAACAAAGGAAAAGACUUUAGUUUGAAAGAAAUUGAGAUAAUUGGACAGGCUGACCCAGGAACAUGGGUUUCGUUCAGUGCACUCAAUUACUACCUAUAUACCAUGGGUGGAAGAAAUUUCAUAACGGAAGACCAGAUAACUGAUGAGUUAUUGUCAUAUGAUAGCCACACAAAUAUCAGCUCAAUGGUUACAUGGCGAGGUACCGAUUGGAACGACAAGACGACGUACUUUAAUACGCAGACCCAUGGUAUAGACAGCAAUACAACGUUUGUAUAUGCUGGUCUACAUGUUUUCUCUGAUGCUAAUGUCACAACCAUUCCAAACACAUGUAAUGGGACAUUGGGCUGGUUAAGAUGUUUUGAUGGUACGUGCUACAAAAUAGAACAUCAUUGUGAUGGAACGUAUCACUGCGAUGAUGGAGCUGAUGAAAUGGGAUGUGCUAAGACUGCAGACCAACUUAGUUCUAGUAGAGAGUUUGCAUUAGAAAAAGAUGUAUUCAUGCAUUUGCCAUAUAUGUACCCAUUCACGGAUAUCACAUGGGCUUGGAGUGGAGGAUAUACAAAGCCCACAGGGGACAGUUAUUCAAUGGUGAAGCCUCCUUCACAGCCAAUCAACUGGGUCGUCUCGGCCAUCUCAAUGAGCAAAGACAAUGGAUUGGGUGUAUCACAGUUUCCAAAAAUGGUUGAAACAAUAAGGGACCUGUAUACCAGUUGUGAAUUCCCCAAAACGGCUAAACUAGGUGAACAGAUUGGGAUACAAAUAGGACUGACUAAUAACGCAGAUUAUACAUCUGAGGUUCUGGUGACGCUUAUUGGUUCUAAACAAUACAAGUUUGUAGUAGCUGAUGCUAAAAGCGGUGAAACACUAAGCCACUUUGCGCCUGAACUAAAAGAUGGCGAUAUCCAAACAAUGGUUUCUUUAUUUCCCGGGGAAAGUAGAUAUGUACACAUGCCGAUACUGCCACUUCGGAAAGGUUCUACAAAGUUUAAAAUUAGUAUAGAAAACUUUCGACACGGUGAAAUUUGUUCCGGUAAAAUUUAUGUCUUGAUGGAUGGAAUUCCAAACAGGUGGCCAACUACCUAUUUUGUUGAUCUCGUGAAAUACAGUCAAUUCAUGAUACCUGACCUCGUGAUUCCCAUUCCUGAGAGGUUCAUUGUGCUAGAACAGAGAAACCAUCUUUAUAUUCCUGGAUCAAAUACCUGUGUCGUAUCAAUAGUUGGGGAUGUUAUUGGACCAGGAUUUUACACAUCGAGCAGAUCCACAUACCCAACGCUUGGUAUACCGAAUGGACAUAUGGAAAGUUAUUUCUUUGAGUUCACACACAAUCUUUGGUAUUUGAAAUACUUCAAAGCUACAGAUCAACUUACAAAUGAACAGCAAACUAAGAAUCUGGAUAAAAUGAUUUAUAAUUAUAUGCAAAUGGUGAGACAUGAGAAAGUACGUGGAGGAUACUCGAUGUUUACACGAGAAAAAGUACCAAGUUUGUGGCUGACUGCGCAUUUCUUCAACCAAUUAAAAUACGCCAGGGAUUCAAACUGGGAAAAUCAGUUCUAUAUUCCCGUUGAUCUGAUGAAUGAUAUGGCUACCUGGAUAAUAAGUAAUCAGAACACAUCGUGUGGAGCCUUUAUGGAAUCAGGACCUUUAUACUUCCGGCCUAUGAACCCCAAGCGCACUACUUUGAAAGGUGUCGAAGGCUAUUGGAACAUCUCACUUACGGCACAUGUCGUAAUUGCACUGUCCGGGGAUAUAUCACUAACAGGGGAAGCUGCAAAUGCUGUCAUAAACUCCAGGGACAAGGCUAGUGAUUUCCUCGCCGGGACAUUAGCUGACAUUGAUGAUCCAUUUGACUUUGCUAUUGUAUCCUGGGCACUUCAUAUAUCAAACCAUCCCGAUGCUUUUGAGUUCUUUAAGAAACUCAAGAGCCUUGCGAGAGCAGACGCAAGAGAACAAUGGCCGUAUUGGGCUUCUAAGGAAAUACCUUCAGUAAUAGUAGAGAUAAUAGACGUCACCCCUUUCCAGUAUCCACAAGAAGGUUGGGACAAUGAAAGCCCCGCAGUCAUGGCUACGUCAUAUGCAUUAAUGUGCUUUGUACAUAACAAUUACUUAGAUGAGGCCGGUAAGAUCAUGUAUUGGUUGCAGUAUAGACGCAAGGCGUUGGGAGGAUGGUCAAAUUCAAUCGAUACAGUUACUGCAAUGCAAGCUUUGCAUAAUUACGGACUAACUAAUCCAAAUCGCGAGUUAUACCACAUGGAACUGACUGUGACGUCAACAGCGUCGCCCAGCUGGUCAGAAACAGUCGUUCUGGAUAGAACAAACUUUAACGUUGCUCAGAAUAUACAGAUACCAGAAGCUUGGGGGAGUGUCAAAGUUACAGCAAGGGGAAAUGGAUUGGCACUGAUACAGAUGGAGUCCAAGGUACAUGUUGAGUUCCCAGAGCAAAUAUUGCCUCCUGCACAGCUGCCAAAGGGUUUUGACAGACACUUUGAUUUUGAUAUAGCUUUGGAGUGGGGUGGAAAAAACUUCAGUAUAAUGUACUUAGAUUUAUGCACAAGAUGGCUCCGCACUGAUCUAGGGCCACAUAGCCAGCUGGCUUUUAUAGAGAUAGAAAUACCCACAGGAUAUAUCAUUUUGAAGGAGGAGCUCAACAGACAAUUGAAUACAUAUAGUUUCGUGAAGAGAAACCAUUUCAAAGAGAAACUAAGAUUUCUAAUCAUGUGGUUCGAAAAGAUUAGUACUGAGUGGAUGUGUGCACGAAUACGAGCUGACAGAUGGUAUCCUAGUGCUAACAUAAGUAUUCAGAAUUGGGCAAUUGUUGCUGAAUAUUAUGAGCCAGAAAUACAGAACAAAACGAUGUACUCGGUGUACAAUUUGAACUUUUUACAUAUCUGCCAAGUAUGUGGUUCCUUCCAGUGUCCAUACUGUCCGUUUUACAACAGUGCUUCUUUAUUGAAAGCUAUACCACUACAGUACUGUAUGAUUAUAUCAAUUAGUAUACUGUUCAUCAUAAAUCACCAAAAGUGGAGGGAAUACGUUGAUAAUAUGAACACUUGAUAUAGGACUAACAUAUAACUAUGCCGAACUAUGUGUUGUAUGCCGAACUGUGUACGUGUGAGGUUUGUUCAACGUGCCAUAUGCCCUAUUGACCUGUGAACAGAAGACACGAGUUUUGUUUAAUGUUGUGAUUUAUGAAUAACUAAAAGUUGUGCCAUGACAACUAUAUAUCUACAACAACUAUAUAUGUCUAUAUAGACGUUUGACAGACGUGGCGUGGUCGGCGAACCGUCCAUGAAUUCUUAUCUCAACAGUGCAGUCCAGCACAUCUGUCAUCCCAUAUCGUCACAACAGUCUGGCGAAAAGAAUAGGCAACGCACGCGCAUGCUUGCAAUUAUGCAGAAAAAGAGAAAAUAUAGAAAGCUUGAUGUUGUUUUAUACAUAUAUUUAUUCCAAAUUUGAUACACUU